AUGAAGAUAAUCAAUCUAUUAUAUAUUUUUGUAAUUUUACUAUUAACAUCUACGACAUGGGCACAAUAUCAAGAUGAUCCAUGUGAAUUAUAUAGAACAACAAAUGGUUCAUUAACAGUGACACUCGAUUCAGAGGCAGUUUGUUGGAGAUUAUUACCAGAAGUAGGUGUUGCCUUUUAUCCUGCCGUCAUUAAAGUUCAAUUGAUAUCAUGCGAUCUUUCAUCAAACGAAAAUAAUACUCUUGUAUUUGUACAAGGUGACUCAUCAGCUGAUUCUGAAAUGGCUUCAUAUAGUGGUCUCAUUAAUACUCCACAACAACCAGUAUAUUCAUACGAUGGAAAGGUGUUGAUCUACAAGGGUUGGUCAGAUAACAUUACAUUUACAGUAAACUAUGAAGCUAGUACAGAUAAACAUUAUAAACCAUCGGUAAUGAUGUUAAUCACAGUUAUUAUUGCCUUUACAGUUCCUACAAUGCUUAUUGCUUGUAUUACUUGUUGUACAAACAAGGAAAAGAAGAGACAGUUGAAAACUCGUCAAAGUGUCAUGUUUUGGAUUGGUUCUAUCAUUGCUCUUAUCAUCAUGGCAGUUUUAUUGUCUCAAAAGCUCUAG